AGCGCAGCCUUUCGGCCCAUUUCUGUGAACGCCAUGGCGGACGGAGAGGGCAUCCCCGGCGAUGUGGAGCCUCCACUUACAGAAGGGCCGAUGCCUGGUGACUCCGGGGAAACCUUGGACGACCUGCGCCAGGAGUGUGCCGUUCUGCGGCAGCGCGUAGUGGGCCUGGAAAACGAGAACCUGGAACUGCAAGCCCUAGUGCGAGAGUGGCGGCAGUGGUAUGCCCAAUGCUACAAGCCGCAGAUCGAGUACCUGGACACCGAGGUCUCGCGGCUCGUGGGCAUGGCGCCCGCCUGCCGGCGCCUGGCGGCCACGGCGGUCCAGGACCGGGACGCCGAGCCAGGGGAGGGGCCCCAGAUGGCGCCGCCCCCACUGAAGUGAGUGACUGAGCGCUAAAGACAUCUGCGUGAGGUGACUGUACUCUAUGGAACACAAGCGUGUUGACAUGAAUUUGCACCUCAAGUGCUCCAGAAUCGUUCGGUCUCAUUUCACAGAAUGCGAAGGUUUGCAGGUUUGACCGCCAAGCGCGCGCUUGUGCCAGAAGCAGCUACCAAG